AUGUUGUCACUUGAUGCCAAACUGCACGCCGCUCUCCAAUCUCGGGAACAGCGACGAAUAUGUCGCAGGCUACCGGACGCUGCCGCUGACGACGGGCUCGCUGAUUUCUCAACGAAUGAUUACCUCUCUCUAGCGAUAUCGGAGGAUCUCCGUGCGCGUUUUCUGCGGAAGCUACAGAGUGCACCGCAGAUCUUGGGCUCGGGUGGAUCGCGUUUGCUGGUCAAUGGCGCGGCACACGCUGCGCUCGAGACGCGUCUUCAAACCUUCUUUGACGCGCCAUGCGCGCUCCUUUUCAAUUCAGGAUUUGACGCGAAUGUGGGAUUAUUCUCGUGCGUCCCCCAGCCAGAUGACGUGGUCGUGUUCGACGAGCACAUUCACGCGUCCGUCCACGACGGCAUACGUGCAUCUCGCACCAAGGAGUCCUCACGAGUCGCGUUCGCGCACAAUUCCCCGACUUCUCUUUCCGAGGUACUCCUUCAGUUGCAGCGCGAUCACCCAGGCCUAGUUACCGGAGCAGAGAGCGUAUUUGUUGCAGUCGAGACGCUAUACAGCAUGGACGGGACAAUCGCACCUCUAACGAAGAUUGUGGAGACUGUGGAAGAACUCUUACCCAAGGGAAACGGCUAUGUCAUAGUGGACGAAGCACACGCGACGGGGGUGUAUGGACCCGAGGGACGAGGCUUUGUUGCAUUGCUCGGGCUUGAGCGGCGUGUGUUUGCGCGACUGCACACGUUCGGAAAAGCGCUCGGUGGAUCAGGUGCUGUGAUGCUCACGACACCGCUCGUCCAUGACUAUCUGCUAAAUUACGCGCGCUCACUGAUCUACACAACUUCGUUGAGCUACACCAGCGUACUCUCCGUGGACUGCUCGCUCGACCUCCUCGUCGAUGGAUCUGCCACGGCGCUCUCCAUGCGCCUCUUUGCGCUCUGCGCGCACUUCCUCGCCGCGCUGCGCGUGUCCCUCAGCAACAUCCCGCCGUCGCUGCUCGCGCUACCCGAUCACUUCAGCGAGACGUCCACGGCGCUGGCUGGGCUGCAGAGCCCCAUCAUCCCGUUGUUGACGCCUCACCCGCGCCUACUUUCCGAUGCUCUUCGCGAGCGAGGCUUAAAUGCGCGUCCUAUCACGUGGCCAACGGUGCCAAAGGGAGGGGAGCGCGUGCGUGUGUGCCUGCACGCGGGAAAUACUGUGGAGGAGGUGGAAAGACUCGUUGCUGCUGUCGUGGAGUGGGCACAGACUUGGCAGGAGGGGAGCUUGCAGGCGAAGCUGUAG